GUAUAUAGUGUAAUUUCCUACAAGAGAUUCCACAUAUGCGAAUCUAUUACCCAAGCCGAUUGCCAUAGCCUUUCUAUCGGAUGACAAUGUGAGCCCGUUUCUAGGCCCAGGCUCAAUUCAGCCACCAAACUCAAACCGAAACAGCAAAUCGAAUAACUACCAACAGCUUAUUUCCACCGGAGGCCGCCAUUUGCAACGUCUUAUCUGAUGGCCUCCACGACCACAUACAGAGAUCGGACGGCGGAGUUCCGAUCAAUUACCCAGACACUCAAAAAGAUUGGAGGAGUCACUUCCUCUAAUCAAGAAAAUGGUUCUUUAUCUCCUCCUAAACCAUACUCUUCACCACGAUCGAUAUCUUCAAGAUCCGAGUUCAACAAAAAAGCUUCUUUGAUUGGAUUGGGAAUCCAAGAAACUUGUCAGAAGAUCGCUAGACUUGCAAAACUUGCAAAAAGGUCAUCGAUGUUUGAUGAUCCAACUGUAGAAAUACAGGAGCUCACGGUCCUGAUAAAGAAUGAUAUUACAAUGCUGAAUACAGCUCUUAUAGAUCUUCAAACCCUUCAAAACAUGGAAAUAGCUGAUGGGAAUUACUCUCAGGAUAGAGUUGUUCAUUCAACAGCUGUCACUGAUGACUUGAAGAGCAAACUUAUGGGAGCCACUAAAGAGCUUCAAGAUGUUUUAACAACUAGAACAGAGAAUAUGAAGGCUCAUGAGAACAGAAAACAGAUAUUUUCCUCAAAUGCUUCACGAGAGAAUCCUUUUGCUCGUCAAGAAAAACCCAUGACUGAGCCACCACCUUGGUCAAGUUCAGCACAUGCAUUUGGCAAUUCACAGCUCCCUGCAUUGCCACCAAAUGGUGUUCAAGUUAGCAACCAGUUGAGACGAAGGGCAGCUGUGGACAACACUCCUUCCCAGCAUAUGGAAUUAUCCAUGUUGCAGCAGGUUGUUCCGAGACAGGAAAAUUAUACUCAAAGUCGGGCAGCAGCUCUUCACAAUGUGGAAUCUACAAUUUCAGAACUUAGUGGAAUCUUUACACAUUUAGCUACUAUGGUUGCUCAGCAAGGAGAGCUUGCAAUCAGGAUUGAUGAUAACAUGGACGAGUCAUUGACUAAUGUUGAAAAUGCUCGAAGUUCUCUAUUGAGGCAUCUUAACCAAAUAUCAUCAAAUAGGUGGCUUCUAAUCAAGAUAUUUGCAGUUAUAAUAAUUUUCCUUAUGGUGUUCAUCAUCUUUGUGGCUUGAACAUGUUCAUCAUCUUUGUGGCUUGAACAUGAUUGCUGAGACCAUCAGACUGAUAAUACGUUACAGCAAAGCCAUAGAGUAUUCUUCUAAUGUCCAUCGUACUCAGUAAGCAUAUGUAGGGGAGAAAGGUCUUUAUUUUUGUAGAAAAAUGAAUUGGCAUUUCUAUUCAUAUUUUGGCUUUAGCUUGUAAAAGGGCACAGCCUGUGUAUUUACUGUUUACCAAAGCAUAGAUAUAGAUAUAGUAGAUAGAUAUUGCAAAUUCUGCGUGUAACAGGUUCUUGAUUCUGAUUGUAAUUGGGGCUGCCCAACAAAACAAGAAUGGAGUUUAGUGUUCUUUUGUCAUAAAUCGAAAAUAUUCUUUUCCUGA